GUUCAAAUCCCUACAAAAUAUAAUUAUUGUUGCACAAAAAACAAAAUGUAGACAUUAUAAAUUGAGCGAGCAACAUGUGCCUCAGCCGCAGUGUGACAUUUCCACAGGAGGCUAUGACUUUUUAAUGAGCUCAUUCCAAAACAAUGAAGAAAUAGUGCAACGCACCAACAUGGUGACAUUAUGUCAGGAGAACCUGUCUCACUGUGAGCCUAUAAUGUAAUAUUAAUAUCUCACUGACUCUGCUGCAGCUCACUAAAUAUUACAACAACGACAUUUCUUACGGAUGAAUGAGUUUAAUAAACACCAUAUGGAAAAUGAACUCCUAACUUCAUGCAUAUGUACAUACGUGUGUUAGUAGCGUUAGUGCAUGUGAGGUGCUCGUAGGUGCUGGCUGUGACCCUGGUCCGAUAUUUAUAGCGCGGGAGGUUAUAAUUUAUAAAUAGCUGCAGCCGGCCGCACUGUUGUAAAAGCCACCGGAGGCACACAGCCGUGUCUCUGAAGAUGGACACGGAGACAGAAGAGGAGUUUUACCCGUCCGAGGACGAGCCGGACGAGGACGAGGCGACGCAGUGCAUCAUUGAACAGAGUCUGAUUGAGUACAGAAAGCUCAAAGGCUUGAAUCCGAGUGACCUGACGGCCAGCGACGACCUGGACGAGAUCUUCAAGUCGAUCAAGGAGGGGGACGAGGACGCGCUCCAACGACUCACGGCGCAAACGGAGACUCUGUCCAGAGUGGACGAUCGAGGGUGGAUCCCGCUGCACGAGGCCUCGGCCAACGGCGACAGAAGGGUUCUGGAGGUCGUGUUCUCAGGUAGAGAAGCGUCGCCCCCGGGCGCCGCGCAGUGUCGCACCCUGAAGGGGGAGACGCCGCUGUUUCUGGCUGUGGUUCACGGACUCAGGGAGAACGCCACGUUCCUGCUGCAGAACGCCUGCAGCCCGGAUCUGCAGAACGACGAGCAGGACUCUCCACUGGUGGCAGCCAUCCUGAACGACCAGUACGACCUGGCGACGCUUCUGCUGCGCUACAGGGCCCGAGUGGACCAAACGGGGCCGCUGAACCGGACCGCUCUGCACGAGUCGGCCUUCUUGGGCCUGGAGAACUUUGUCUAUCUGCUCCUGGAAUCUGGUGCCGACCCGAACGCGCGUGACAUCGCAGAGAAAACGCCGCUGUCUCUGGCCGCGCGGAACGGACAUCUGAACGUGGUGGAGCUCCUGUUACAAAAAGGAGCCCGUGUGGGCAGCGAAUCAGAGGGCAGCAGGAUCUUGUUCGAUGCCGCAGCAUCGGGGAACCCCGACAUAAUCUCCUCGCUGCUGGACCACGGAGCCGAUCCCAACCUGCCUCUGUGCGGCGGGCACCUGCCGCUUCACCGCGUGGCGUACCACGGGCACGUCCUGGCACUGGAGCGCCUCAUCCCGGUCACCAAGCUGGAGGCCGUGAGGGAAAGCGGCAUGAGCCCACUUCACUCUGCCGCCGCCGGGGGCCACGCCCACUGCGUGGAGGCGCUCCUCAAAGCCGGCUACGACCCGAACUUCAUGCUGCACCCCAGGGUGCGCCGCGACUACGAGGACGAGCGCAGGUCCGCCCUCUUCUUCGCCGUGUCCAACGACGACCUUCAGUGCACCCGCUUGCUGCUGGAGGCCGGGGCGAUGGUCAACCAGGAUCCCGUCAGCUGUCUGCAGGUGGCCCUCAGGCAGGGCAACUACGAGCUCAUCAAUACUUUGCUGAAGUUCGGGGCCAACGUGAACUACUACUCCCGCACCAACACCACCCACUUCCCCUCGGCGCUGCAGUACGCGCUGAAAGACGAGGUCAUGCUCCGGAUGAUCCUGAACCACGGGUACGAUGUCAAGCGUUGCUUUGACUGUCCGUACGGCGACGGUUCCCAUGACUACGCCCCGUGGACGACCUCGGUCAUCAAAGACAUGGUGUUCUGUGAGGUGAUAACGGUGUCAUGGCUGAAGCACUUAUCUGCUCAGGUGGUGCUCAUCAUGCUGGACUACACCGACCAUGUCUCCUUUUGCACCAAACUUAGGGACACCCUGGAGGAGCAGAGACAGUGGACGGAGAUCUGUCAAGUUCAAAGGAACGCGCGGGGCCUGAAGCACCUGUGUCGUUUACGGAUACGACAGCACCUCAGUCACCUGCGCUUGAGAGCCCCGCUUUUCAUCAACUUCCUUCCUCUUCCUCCGAGGCUGAGAGAUUACCUGCGCUACAAGGAGUUCGACGUCUACAGCAGGGGCAGCCUCGUCCACCCACACUGAAGACACAUGUACCGUUGCCACGGAUACCAACUGUGACAUAGGCAGCAAGUGAGGUCACCACGCGUUAGGAUUCAAGGAUAAUUUACUGUCGUUAUGCAACACAGGGACGCAGGAAAGAGUGGGGUUGUAGCCCGUUUGCAACACAAAAGACACGACAAAUAAAAGAGAAGUACAUUUAACUUUCAUCAUAUGGAAUAUAAACGACAACAACAAAAACAAGUCUCUGGGGGAAAAUAUACCCGACAUUUUUACAGUUUUUCCUCCUUGUUUUACCUUGAUAUUGUGGGUGUUUAUAUUGUUUUUUCAUGUACAAGUUACUUCAUGUCAUGCGAUUUUAAUUGUUGGCCAGAAAAUUGUAUGCAUGCGAUUUUUGUAACAUCUUUGCAUGAGAUUCACUCUUUGUUUCGGCACCUAUAAAGAAAAAACUAUUAUUAAUGUUAAAUUAUCAUUAUCAUUCUAAAGUCCUAUUGUAGUUAGAGUCCUUUAAUAACGUAAAUACAGGAAAGAUUAUGAUUUGAAAACGUAAUUAAAAACAAUUAA